CCACAACAUCAUAUCACAGCAAAAAUGUCAGCCUGUCAAAAGGCCGUAAGGCCAUUGGCAAGAUGCUUCCAUGCCAACCAACCUUCCUGCCAAUCUGCAAGAGUCAUUCGAAAUUUUACGAGCUCUGCCCGGACGAACGAUGAAGCAACCACCGAAACAGUCCCCUUAACGGCCAAGUUUGAUCCAGCAACUGUUACAAACCCACGGCACGAGAAGAAGCUGAUGAAGAGUGGCGUAAUUCCAAUUGGAUCCAGAAGACGUCGUGCAGCCCUGAAGACUUCGGAUAACAUCCCAUUCGAGCAACUGCCGUAUCAAUGUUUCCAGGAAGCUCGAAAAGUGCUGGCUGCAGACCGCGAGGAGAAAUUGAAGCUGAUUGCAACGGAACGACUGCGAAUUUCGAACUUGGUAGCUAUGGAUGCGUCUAGUCUUCGGGGAGGAGAGGCGACAAAGCAGAAGAGGCUGGAGAGUAUGAGGAGGCACUUGGAAUACUUGAAGAUCCAAGCAGACAUCAAUGAUCCGUUGAUCAAGAAACGAUUCGAGGAUGGAGAAGGAGACAUGAACAAGCCCAUCUACCGACACCUCGCGGACAGGAAGUGGCGCGAAUAUCAACGAAAGAUCAUAGUCCAGCGUAUAAAUCAACUCGCAAUCGUUCCCGAUGUCUUACCAUUCUUCGAGCCGACUGCAGAUGUCAAGAUGGCAUUCAGAGAUCGAAACGUUCAAGCUGGCGAAUUUAUCGAUUCUCGAGUCAGCGAAGUCCCAGCACGACUGAAAGUACAGGUUUUUGACAAAGGCGCAAGACUUGUCACUGUUGUUGUAGUGGAUUCCGAUGUGCCGCUUGUGGAGAAAGAUAAUUUCAUAUCACGAUGCCAUUACUUGGCUACCAACAUCCAAAUCUCACCUGUAGAGAACUCAGUGCCUCUUUCGAAGGCCACGGACUCCCAGCUAGUCUUGCCUUGGCUGCCACCUUUUGCUCAAAAGGGAUCCCCAUAUCACCGAUACUCAGUCUUCGUUAUCGAACAAAACCCAGGCCAAACGCUGAACGUUAAUGACUUAAAGGAUUCAGUCAAGCGAGAUAGGUUCCUCCUGAAGAGCUUUAUUGACAAGCACCAAAUCAAGCCAAUUGGGAUGAGCAUCUUCCGCAGCUUAUGGGACGAAGGAACGGCUGGUGUGAUGAGCCGAGCAGGUAUCGAAGGAGCGGAUAUCGAGUUCAAGAGGAAGAAGGUGAUUGCGAUUAAGCCAAAGCAGAAGGCCAGAGGCUGGGAGGCUCGUCACUCUGGUGGAAAGUAUUUGUCGCUCCAGAGGUGAUGAUGUUUGUAUAGAGUAUACCAAUUGUACCAUAUUGUACCAUGAAAGCAGAAAGUGUCUGCUAUCCUGUCGAAUUCAGACUUUAAACUCUCAAUUUGUCCGACUUUUGGCGCAUGCGCUUUUGCUAUUGAGAACGGCUCGAUACUGCGCUGAAAAUUCUUCUUCUGGCUAUGAUUCUGCUCCUCGAAGCUGAGCAUUGUGAAUCAUUCAGUCACCAUAAGUCGAAAUGACCUUUGUUUGUCAAUGAGCAUCCGUACAUGCAAGUUCACCUUUUCAAGUGCGAAGUAGAACGAAAAUGUCUGUCGGAAGCAUGCCCGGAGUCUCAAGCACCACGCUUCUGCAGCUUGUUGAACAAGCUCGCUUAAGGGUCAACAAAUGGCCCUGCAAUACCCCAACUUGACAUUGAAAGAUACAGCUUGAGAAUUUGGGAGACUCUCAUC